GAAGAUAAAAUGUUUCCAGAGAUGAGCAAACAGCAAUUGCUUUGUACAAACUCUGUAAACCUGACACCUGGCUAUGGUCUGCAGGACUUGAGAAGUAAGGAAUUUUAACCAGGACCUUGUUUUCAAACAGUUAUGUGUUUGAAGCCAGGGUCACAGACUCAGAGCGGGAACUCUUCAGAGUUAGCUCCAUGCCACGGGUCUCAAUGUCUCAAGUCUUUCUUUGCCCUGAAGCCAUGUCUUCAAGAUCUAAAACCCAUGGAGCUGAGGCUAGGAUCCCAACAGCAAAGUAUGAAUCGCCAACAGAUGCUAGAUGAGACGCCAAUGGUAGUAACACAGGAGUCCACCAGGAAGUCCUUGGCAGGACCAGCACUGACGAGUGUCAAAUUUUCAAAUUUAAUUCCAGAGUCGCAGUCACGAUGUAUGAAAUUUAAACCAUUAAAUCAGACUUCAGAGCUGAGGGGGCAAAGUGUAAAACAUGUGAAAUUAUCAUCAGUGUCCCUGCCACGAAGUGGAAACUCUGUGGGCUUAUCACCAAGUCCAUUCCUUCAAAAUAUGACAUUUGGGAACCAAAUUCCCCAAACAAAUGAUCAAAUCACAGAACCCUCUAAGGUGACGUGCAGACCAGCACACCACCUGGUGGACUAUGCAGAGAUGAACACGAAGAUCAGGUACCAAGCCCCUAAAUUGGUGAAUUAUAUUCCGCUGCCCGUUUAUCAAGAAGAUGCAGGAUCUUCAGAAAUGAUGAAAGGGUUGGGACACAAAAGCACAGAAACAACAGAGAAAUCUAUGAGGUUGAUCCCCAAGCCAACGGAUACAGUCACAGAAUCAUUGGGGAUGCCACAGCAGCCAGAGCUUCAAGUGCCAGGAUUUGCUGAUCUGACUCCAACACUAAGUGAUCAAGAUUCAAACGCCUAA